GAAUCAUAGCAGCAAAGAAAGAGAGUCAGCGUUCGUGAGAGAGAAAGAAAGGGGAGUGACUUGUCGUUGAUUUCAUGCCACUAGUCUCUUUGGAUAACCAAUCUAACUAGCACUAUAUCAUACACGCAAAGAAAGACACCUACAGAGAGAGAGAGAGAGAGAGAGAGAGAGAGAUAUGGCAGAGAGGAGACUCCUCUCUCUCUUUGGGACAGAGAGAGCAAAGGGAAGGACUGCCUACAAGCUGUUUGCCAGCUCCAUGCUUGUGAACAUUUGCCUGGUCUUGUUCUACAGAGCAACCAACAUCCCCGGAAGAGGGGAACAAGGGAGGUGGGCAUGGAUGGGGAUGCUUGCAGCAGAGCUCUGGUUCACUUUCUACUGGAUCAUCACUCAGUCCGUGCGUUGGAAUCCCAUUUAUCGCCACACCUUCAAGGAGAGACUCUCUCAGAUAGAUGCCUCCGAGCUGCCGGGGCUGGACAUCUUCGUGUGCACCGCCGACCCCGUGGCGGAGCCGCCUGCGCUGGUGAUCUCCACCGUGCUGUCGGUCAUGGCGUACGACUACCCGCCGGAGAAGCUGAGCGUGUACCUCUCCGAUGACGCCGGAUCGGAGCUGACGUUCUACGCUCUCUGGGAGGCAGCACAGUUCGCGAGGCAUUGGCUCCCCUUCUGCAGGCGGCACAAGGUCGAGCCACGGUCACCGGCAGCCUACUUCUCAUCCCGUUCCCACCCUUGCGAUACCUGCAACGACACUGAGCGGUCCUACAUGAAGAACCUAUACAAAGAAAUGGAAAGCCGCAUAGAUGCCGUUGUCAUGCUUGGGAAGGUACAUGAAGAUCUCAGAUCACGGAAAGGCUUUUCAGAAUGGAAAUCUGGGAUGACAUCCAGGAAUCAUCAGCCUAUUGUUCAGAUCUUGACAGAUAGCAGUGACAAAAGUUCGGUCGACGAUGAUGGCACUGUGUUACCAACAUUGGUGUACAUGGCACGCGAGAAGAGACCGCAGCACCAUCACAACUUCAAAGCUGGCGCCAUGAACGCUUUGAUAAGGGUGUCUUCAGUGAUAAGCAACAGCCCGGUCAUCCUCAACGUGGACUGCGACAUGUACUCCAACAACGUGGAGUCCAUCAGAGACGCACUGUGCUUCUUCCUGGAUGAAGAGAAGGGUCAUGACAUUGGCUUUGUGCAGUUCCCUCAGAACUUUGAGAACAGCACCAAGAAUGAUCUUUAUGGCAAUGCCUUUAAGGUGAUCAAUGCGGUGGAGCUUGCCGGCUUGGAUAGCUGGGGAGGACCUUUGUACAUCGGCACUGGAUGCUUCCACAGAAGAGAGGUCCUCUGUGGGAGAAAGUACAGCAAGGACUACAAGGAAGACUGGAAAAGAGAAACUAAGAGGAAGAAGGAAGAUACUGCCUUCAUCUUGGAAGAGCGAGCCAAGUCUCUUGCCACUUGCACCUAUGAGCACAACACUCCUUGGGGCAAUGAGAUGGGAUUGCAGUAUGGAUGUCCGGUAGAGGAUGUGAUCACAGGAUUAGCAAUUCAAUGCAGAGGUUGGAGAUCCGUCUACUUCAAUCCUCCAAGGAAAGGUUUCUUGGGUGUUGCUCCGUCGACACUGGCAGAGACACUGGUGCAGCACAAGAGAUGGAGUGAAGGGAACUUCCAAAUCUUCCUCUCCAAGUACUGCUCUUUCCUACAAGGCCAUGGGAAGCUAAAGCUAGGACUGCAGAUGGCCUACUGCAUCUAUGGCUUGUGGGCACCAAAUUCCAUCCCAACUCUCUACUACGUUACCAUCCCUUCCCUGUCCCUCCUCAAAGGCAUCUCCUUAUUCCCAAAGGUCUCCAGUCCAUGGAUCAUCCCCUUUGCCUACGUCGCCAUAGCCAAGAAUGCGUAUGGCUUGGUUGAAUCCCUGGCAUGUGGUGAUACCUUAAUUGGGUGGUGGAACAUACAAAGAAUGUGGCUGCUGAAGAGGAUCACCUCGUAUCUCUACGGCACGGUUGAUGCCAUCCUCAAGGUGAUGGGGUUCCCCAGGACAGGGUUCACGAUCACGGCGAAGAUGGCGGACGCGGACGCCUCCAAGAGGUACGAGCAGGAGAUCAUGGAGUUCGGCUCGACAUCGUCGUCGCCGAUGUUCGUCGUGAUCGCCACGACGGCGUUGCUCAACCUUCUCUGUUUGGUGGUUGGGUUGCAGAGGCUGGUCGCAGAUUGGGAUUUUGGAGACCAGUUCUUGAUCCAACUUCUUCUUUGUGGAGUGGUAGUGGCUCUGAAUCUUCCCAUCUAUGAGGCACUCUUCUUGAGGAAGGACAAGGGAAGGAUGGCUCCUGCUGUCACAUACAUCUCUCUUGGAUUCACUGCUUUGGCUUAUCUACUUCCUAUAGUGUAGUCUUCUAAGACCUUUACGCUACACGAUAGUAUCUAAACAUGUCAAAGACUCUCAAUGUCAUUACUGCAGUUUCAUGGGCCUCUCUUUCUGCUCAUAUCUCCUGGUGGUAAACGUCAGUACUGCGGUUCGUAGACUAGUCUGAAGCUUUGGAUUUAGAUUCUGUCAUUGUUGUUUUCUUCCUUAUAUUGAUAAUACCACAAUAUAAGAUCUCAGGAACUUUACUGGA